GCUCGUACUAUGUCACUUUGACCCUUCUUCUCCAGUUUCCUUCCCCUUUUCCUCUGUUUGGAUACUGAGAUAGUGGGGGAGUUUUUUCUUUUUGCUGCAAUGGUGGUUCCUGCGAAACGGACUUGGGGUUUCCUCGCUCUGCUGUUCAUUGCGGCAAUGGCGAACGCAGCGGAGGAUAAGAUAUCUCUCUCUAGAGAGGAGCCGGAGUGGAACGAACAUGCGGUAGCUGAUCCGGACAAAGUUGCGGACCAUGUCGCCUCUUUGGUCGAAAUGAGCAUGCGAAAUCACACGGAGAGGAGGAAGCUAGGGUACUUUUCUUGCGGAACGGGCAACCCAAUCGACGACUGCUGGAGAUGCGACUCGAACUGGCACAAGAACCGCAAACGCCUCGCCGACUGCGGGAUCGGGUUCGGCCGCAACGCCAUCGGCGGCCGCGACGGACGCUUCUACGUCGUCACCGACCCACGAGACGACGACCCAGUCAACCCUAGACCUGGAACUCUCCGACACGCCGUCGUCCAGGACCGACCGCUCUGGAUCGUGUUCGAACGCGACAUGGUGAUUCAGUUGAAACAGGAACUCAUCGUCAACAGCUUCAAGACCAUCGACGGUCGUGGCGCUAACGUCCACAUCGCCAAUGGUGGCUGCAUCACGGUUCAGUUCGUUACGAACGUGAUCAUCCACGGUUUACACAUCCAUGACUGUAAACCGACUGGUAACGCCAUGGUGAGAAGCUCCGAGACGCAUUUCGGGUGGAGGACGAUGGCGGACGGUGACGCCAUUUCGAUUUUCGGGUCGAGUCAUAUCUGGAUCGAUCACAACUCGCUGUCUCAUUGCGCUGAUGGGCUGGUUGACGCCGUCAUGGGAUCUACAGCGAUCACCAUCUCUAACAACCACUUCGCCCACCAUAACGAGGUGAUGUUGCUUGGACACAGCGAUUCUUACACAAGGGACAAAGCUAUGCAAGUGACCAUCGCUUUUAACCAUUUCGGUAUCGGUCUCAUUCAGAGAAUGCCUAGGUGCAGGCAUGGCUACUUCCACGUUGUGAACAACGACUACACGCACUGGGAGAUGUACGCCAUCGGUGGAAGCGCAGAUCCCACAAUCAACAGCCAGGGCAACCGUUACGCCGCUCCGACAAACCCUUUUGCCAAAGAGGUGACGAAGAGAGUGGAAACGCCUGCGAGCAAAUGGAAGGGAUGGAACUGGAGAUCGGAAGGAGACAUGCUUCUGAACGGCGCAUACUUCACUCCCUCUGGAGCCGGAGCUUCAGGAAGCUACGCUCGAGCCUCGAGCCUGGCGGCUAAGUCAUCUUCCAUGGUCGGAGCCAUCACUUCUGACGCCGGCGCUCUUCCUUGCCGGCGAGGCUCUCGCUGCUCGUCAUAGCUCUGUCAAGCCCGAUACCGUAUUACGACAAAAGUGUACAUUUUCACACAUUUGUCAUUUGAAACCCAAAAUCAUUGUUUUUUUUUUGUGUUUUAUUUCGUUCAGCCUCGGGUUUGCUUCAGCCGCAAGCAACCCCAAACUGACCUCCGAGUUAAAGCCCGGAGUGUUGUCGUCUCUGUCCCAUGUUGUGGUUAUGAUUUUAGACAUAUAUAGAGUCAAUUAAUAGUAAUGGGAAAUAUAUACUUA